GUGUGUGACGUGUGACGUCGACGUGUGAUGAUAAAAUUAUUACUAUUACAUACAUAAAGACAUAAAAUAUUAAAAUAAAAUCAAUUUUAAUCAAAUGGAAGUAAAGCAAGAAUAUAGUGAGACCUGUAAAGUAGAGGUAGAGUAUAAAGAAAUGGAUGAUCCCCUUUCAGAUGGUUGUAAAUGUGAAAUUAAGGAGGAACCUAAAAGAGAAAGUACAGAUGUUAUGCUUGAUUGUUUAGUCUUACAGGAAUUUCCCAUAAAGAGUGAAAUAGAAGAAGAUGGAAAUGAGCUUACCUGUUUUAAAGAAGAAACUAGAGAAGAUUUUGCUCAGGAGGAGAACAAAAUGGAAAUUAUAGAAACAACAUACGCUGAUGAAGGAGCUUACAAUUGUGACAUUUGUUUUAAACAGUUUAGCAAAGCAGGUUCUUUAAAAAAACAUUUGGUAGUGCACACUGAUUUGCACAAGUGUGAAAUUUGUUUUAAGCAAUUUACUCAAAAAAGUCAUUUGACAUCACAUAUGAGAGUGCACACUGGAGAAAAGCCUUAUAAGUGUAAAAUUUGUUCUAACCAGUUUACAGAAGCAGGUACUUUAAAAAAACAUUUGAGAGUGCACACUGGGGAAAAAACUUACAAGUGCGACGUUUGUCUUAAGCAAUUUAGUGAAGCAGGAACCUUGAGAAGGCAUUCAAGGAUACACACUGGCGAAAAGCCUUACAAGUGUGAAAUUUGUUCUAAGAUGUAUAGCGAAUCAAGUAAUUUGAAAAAACAUUUGAGAGUGCACACAGGGGAAAAACCUUACGAGUGUGAAGUUUGUUUUAAGCAGUUUAGAGAAGUACAUCAUUUGAAAACACAUAUGAGAGUGCACACUCCGGAAACCAUACUGGGACCCCACUGAGAAAGAUAAGAUUUGUAGGUUUGGAUAGUUCUGUACAGAGAACAUCGAAAAAUGUCUUUAAUGAGCCAUCUACUAAAGAUAUUUCUAAAAAUCAUCCACAACCGAGUUUUUUUUAAAUUUGGAGUCUGCUAUUAGUAAUAAACAGAUGGGGUUCAGAAAAGGACUAGGUACUCGAGAAGCUCUUUUCGGUUUGAAUGUUCUUACACAAAGAUGCCUAGACGUUAAUCAAGACGUACAUGCAUGUUUUAUCGAUUUUGAAAAAGCGUUUGACAGAGUAGGGCACGAUAAGCUAAGAGACAUUUUUGAAAGAAAAGACAUAGUUAAUAAAGAUCUGCGAAUAAUUCUCAAUUUAUAUUAGAAUUAGAAAGCUAACAUCAAAAUAGAAAAUGAGGCAUCACAAGCAAUAGAAAUACGUAGAGGAGUACGACAUGGAUGCAUUUAGUCACGACUGUUAUUUAAUGCAUAUACUGAAAGGCCAGGAAUCCCUUUUGCAAGCAUACGAAGAAAUCGUAAUCAAUCGAAGGUACUAGUUUCAAGAAAAGUAGAAGAAUUACAACGAUUACUUCUUCUUUUGUACUUCUUUUUAAAAUAAAUGCUCAUGCAAAUUUUCAAAAUAA